AUGAACAUUUGCUGUUUCCAGCGUCAUACACUGAAACCUAGAGCAACACAACAAAUACGCAAGAUGUCGCAACAAUGGACUGCCACUAAGGUCAGAAAUACGUUUCUUGACUACUUCAAAGAUAGAGGUCACACUUUUGUUUCCUCGUCCUCUGUGAUCCCCCAUGAUGAUCCUACUCUCUUAUUCGCGAAUGCCGGUAUGAAUCAAUAUAAGCCUAUCUUUUUAGGUACCGUGGAUCCUUCUUCCUCUUUUGCCUCUUUGAAGAGGGCCGUGAAUUCGCAAAAGUGUAUCAGAGCCGGUGGAAAACACAACGACCUCGAGGACGUCGGAAGAGACUCCUACCACCACACGUUUUUUGAAAUGUUGGGUAACUGGUCGUUUGGCGACUACUUCAAGAAGGAGGCCAUCCAAUACUCCUGGGACCUCCUCACCAACGUGUACGGCCUUAACAAAGACAGACUUUACGUGACAUAUUUUGAAGGUGACGCAGCCAAUGGUUUGGAACCAGAUCUGGAAGCCAAGCAGUAUUGGAAGGAUGUUGGUGUUGCAGAUGACCACAUUCUGCCAGGAAAUGCCAAGGACAACUUUUGGGAAAUGGGCGACCAGGGCCCUUGCGGGCCAUGUUCUGAGAUACACUACGAUCGUAUUGGUGGUAGAAAUGCCGCAUCACUUGUUAACCAGGACGAUCCAGACGUUUUGGAGAUCUGGAACAAUGUGUUCAUUCAGUUCAAUAGAGAGCAGGAUGGAUCAUUGAAGCCCCUGCCGGCCAAGCACGUUGAUACCGGUAUGGGAUUUGAGAGACUUGUUUCCGUUCUGCAAAAUGUGAGAUCAAAUUAUGAUACCGAUGUGUUCCAACCCCUGUUCUCCAAGAUCCAAGAGAUCACUGGCGUCAGACCAUAUUCUGGAAAGUUUGGUAAGGAUGAUCUCGACGGUAUUGAUACAGCGUACAGAGUCCUGGCAGACCACGUGCGUACUUUAACUUUUGCUCUUGCUGAUGGGGGUGUUCCUAACAACGAGGGAAGAGGUUACGUUUUGAGAAGAAUCCUUAGAAGAGGUGCCAGAUAUGUGAGAAAGUACAUGAACUACCCUAUCGGAAAGUUUUUCUCCCAAUUGGCACCAACUUUAAUUGAGCAGGUGAAGGAUAUUUUCCCGGAGGUGGCCACCAACACGGACACCAUUUUCGAAAUUCUCGACGAGGAAGAAGCUUCUUUUGCGCGUACACUUGACCGUGGCGAGAAGUUGUUCGAGCAAUACGCCAUCAUUGCUUCUAAGACUCCUGAACAAACUUUGGCUGGAAGGGACGUCUGGAGACUUUAUGAUACCUAUGGUUUCCCUGUUGACUUGACGAGACUGAUGGCGGAAGAGGCUGGGCUGAAUAUUGAUGAGGAAGGAUUUGAGAAAGCUAGAUUGGCUUCUUUAGAAGCUUCCAAGGCUGGUGGCAGCAAGUCUGGUAAGACCUUGUUGAAGCUUGACGUCCAUAUACUUGGUGCCUUGGACAGCAAUAAGGAUAUUCCUGUGACCGACGACAGUUACAAGUACGGGAACCAGGACAUUAAGACCAAGAUUGUUGGUAUUUAUAACGGAAAGGAGCUUCUUGGCUCCACCGAGGGCACAGAAGCUGGUCAACAGCUUGGUGUCUUGCUGGAAAAGACGCCAUUUUAUGCUGAACAAGGAGGUCAGGAAUAUGACACCGGUAAGAUUGUCAUUGAUGGUGUCGCUGAGUUCGAGGUCGAAAACGUGCAGUCUUAUGCUGGAUACGUUCUCCACACCGGCCAUGUUGUUGAGGGAAAGUUUUCAGUGGGCGACCAAGUGAUUGCAGGAUACGACGAACUUAGAAGAUGGCCAAUUAGAAACAACCACACGGGCACUCAUAUUCUAAACCUUGCUCUAAGAGAGAUUCUGGGCGACGGUGUCGACCAGAAGGGCUCUCUUGUUGCUGCUGAGAAGCUGCGUUUUGACUUCUCCAAUAAGGCAGCAGUUACACUAGAACAAUUGGAGAAGAUUGAGGCCAUUUGUAACAAGAUCAUCAAAGACAGCAUGCCUGUGUAUUCGAAGCCAGUCGCUUUGAAUGUUGCUAAGUCGAUUUACGGACUUAGAGCAGUAUUCGGAGAGACCUACCCAGACCCUGUUAGAGUUGUUUCUAUUGGUGUUCCUGUCGAGGAGCUACUGGCAAAACCUGAUAACAAGGAGUGGUAUGACUAUUCCGUUGAGUUCUGUGGUGGAACCCACGUCGCCAAGACCUCCGAUAUCAAGGAGCUUGUGAUUGUUGAGGAGAGUGGAAUUGCCAAAGGUAUCAGACGUAUUGUCGCUGUGACUGGCACUGAAGCCCAUGAGGUUCAACGCAUUGCCAAGGAGUUUGAUGAGCAGCUGGACGCCAUUGAGAAAAUGCCGUUCGGGGAGGCCAAGGAGAAGAAGCUGAAGGAGACCAGCACCAAACUGGGCCAGCUUUCUAUCAGCGUUUUACAGAAGGCUCAAUUGAAGGACAAGUUUGCCAAGAUAGACAAGGCUGUGAAAGAUGAGGUCAAAGCCAGACAGAAAGCAGAUACAAAGAAAGCUCUCGACGCUGUGAAAGAGUUCUUUGCAGAGCACGAGGACGCUCCGUUCCUUGUGAAACACAUUGACAUUUCUGCAAAUGCAAAGAUAAUCACCGAGACGAUCAACAUGAUCAAGAAAGAGAACAAGGAAAAGUCUUUGUUCCUGAUUACUGGUCAGAAAGAUGACGCUCGUGUUGCUCAGGGUGUCUACAUCAGCGAUGAGCACUUGGGCAAAGUUCAGGCAACUGAGGUCGCCAAUGUUGCAGCCUCCUACAUUGGUGGAAAAGCCGGAGGCAAGGGCAAUGUUUGCCAAGGAAUGGGAACCGAGGCUGCCCAGAUUGACAAGGCCAUCUCUGCUGUCGAGAAACUGCUUGAGUCUAAAUUGAUUAUGUAA